GAUGGCGCAGCCCUUUGUCUCGCGUUUGCCUCUGAUUGAAGGCCACGGUAAUUUCGGCUCUGUCGAUGGAGACCCCGCAGCUGCAAUGAGAUAUACAGAAUGCAGGCUUUCUGAGUUCUGUCAGGAUGUGCUGCUAAAGGAUCUGCACACAGCCGCCUGCAGUUAUCGAGCCAACUUCGAUGCCACUGAGGUAGAGCCUACAUGUCUGCCUGCGCGGCUUCCUCUGCUGCUGCUGCAAGGGACCUCCGGGGUUGCAGUUGGGCUGUCUACGCAUCUGCCACCCCACAACCUCAAUGAAAUUCUCGACGCAUGCAUCGCCCUUAUUGACAAUCCUCGCCUAUCGGACUCUUCUCUCUAUCGUUUGCUUCCCGGUCCAGACUUCCCGACAGGGGGGGUUUUGCUGCUGCGAGAUGCGCAGCAAGCAGCAGGGUAUAGGAAAGGGGUUUGGGGUUGUACAUGGGUACGAGACGAGAGCGACUAUUCAGGUGUACGUGUGGUAUUUGAACUGGAGGCUGAGGUGUCUCCGCAGCAGGCCUGGAGUUAUUUAUUGUCUCGCACAGCACUUGAGGUGUCUGUACACUGCAAUUUAGUUGCUUUAAAGGAAGGAAAACACCCCCAAAGGAUGUCCAUCAGGGAGGUGAUAGAGAACUGGAUUCAAUUUCGAUUGACCGCUGUGAAGGCCCGCCUUAGCGAGCAGCUGGAGCAGCUGCAGCAGCAGCAAGAGAAGCUAGAAGCAGCAGUGAAAGCAGCAAAAUACUCUCGUGAAGUAGCAGAGCUGCUGCAGCGCAGCAGAGAUGCAGCAGAAGCCAUCAAGGAGAUGCAAGGGCCCCCGUUUCUGCUGACAGAGGGACAGGCGGCGUCUCUGCUGCGGAUGCGUCUGUCGAGUUUGCUGCAGCUGGAGCAGCAGCAGCAGCAGCAGCAGCUGCAGCAGGUGCAGCAGCAGCAGCAGCACGUGCAACAAUUGCUGCAGGAGCCGCAGCAAAUGCUGCAGUUAAUAAAAAAAGAAUUACAAGAGAUAAAAAAUAAAUACUCAUGUCCUCGACGCACUCUCUUUUUAUUAAACAAAACUCAAAAAGGAGACAGUUUAUCUGCUUUGGCUGCACUGACGCACUUAGAAAGAGAAGAAGAAACUCAAAAAGAGACAGGAGACACCACAAGGAAAGGAGACAAGGUUGCGGCUGUCUCCUUCGUGCCCCCUAGCGCAGACCCUGAAGGAGACUGUCUCCUUUUGCUUACUAAGAGGGCCUACGGCAAACGCCUCUCCCUUAACCAACUCCGAAUUCAAAGAAGAGGAGGCCUCGGCGCUGCAGUCAUCCGCAUCUCCCCUCCUUCUCCACUCUUCUCCCCAAAUACUCAAAACAUACCUCUUGAGGGGGCCCUUGGGGGCCCCCAAGGGAAGGGGCCCCAGGAGAGGGGCCCCCAGGGGGGCCCCCAUGAGGAGGGCCCCCAGGGAGGCCCCCAUGAGGAGGUCCCCCAAGGGGGACCCCAUGAGGAGGGCCCCCAGGGGGCCCCCCAUGAGGAGGGCCCCCAAGGGGGCCCCCAAGGGGGGGGCCCCCAUGAGGAGGGCCUCCAAGAGGGGGGCCCCCAAGGGGAGGGCCUCCAAGAGGGGGGCCCCCAUAGGGCCCCCUCUGAGGGAGACGCGAAGAGAGGAGGUAAAGGAGAAGGAGAAGGGAGCAGAGAUGAAGUUUGCUGCUUAGCCUUUGUGGGGCCCCACAAAGAUGUUGGGAUCGUGUCGGAGGCUGGGAUCGUCUCCCGUCGAAGUGUCUCCUCCGUUCCCCUGUACAGCAGCAAACUUGCUAGAGGCGUUCUGCUUCACAAACUACGCAAGAGAUCCACUGCUGCUGCUGCUGAUGCUGCUGCUGCAGUGGUGUUGCUGCCAGAGCAGCACACACAAACGGAAAACAGCAGCAACACGGUGCCGGACCCUUCCCCCACAGACAGCACCGCUGCUGCUGCUGCUGCAGCUGCUGCUAAUGCUGCUGCUGCUGCAGGGCAGGGAGGGUAG